AUGAAGCUCACGUUCAAGGACCUGAAACAACAAAAGUUUGUAAUCGAUGCAGAGCCCUCGGAGACGGUCGGGCAAGUGAAGGAAAAGAUCUCCAAGGAGAAGGGAUGGGAGGUUCCUCAGCUUAAGCUCAUCUACUCUGGAAAGAUCCUUCAAGAUGAUAAGACGAUCGAGUCAUACAACAUCGAGGAGAAGGGGUUCAUAGUGUGCAUGGUCUCUAAGCCCAAGGCUACUUCCUCCGGCACCUUGUCACAAGCGCCCUCCACCCCAUCCAGAGCAGUCACCUCGACCCCUGCUGCGCCUCCCGCCCCAGCCCCUUCUGCCGCUUCCACUACACCGGCUGUUCCUUCGACUCCCUCCCCGGCCGCCGCGGGGGCCUCCCAGGCACAGGGCUCCGCAUUCAAUGACCCCUCCGCAUUGCUGAGUGGCACUCAGAGCGAAGCUGUCGUGGCUCAGAUGGAGGCAAUGGGUUUCGCUCGGAGUGAUGUUAACCGUGCAAUGAGGGCUGCUUUUUUCAACCCCGACCGUGCUAUUGAAUACCUUUUGAAUGGUAUCCCCGAGAACAUUCAACAGGAACAGCAACAGCAAGCCGCUGCCGCUAGCGCACCCCAGACUGCUGCUCCCGAAAGCGCUCCGUCCGCUGGUGACGACGAACCGGUCAACUUGUUCGAGGCUGCCGCUCAGGCUGGUGGCCAGGAGGGAGGAGCUCGAGGAGCUCGAGGUGCUGGUGGCGCUGAACUCCCGAGUCUCGAAUUUCUUCGCAAUAAUCCCCACUUCCAGCAGCUUCGUCAGUUGGUCCAACAACAACCACAAAUGCUCGAGCCCAUCCUUCAACAAGUCGCCGCUGGAAACCCCCAAAUCGCGCAGCUCAUUGGUCAAAAUGAGGAACAAUUCCUGCAGCUCCUGAGUGAGGAACCUGAUGAUGACGAGGCGCUGCCCCCUGGUACGACUCAAAUUCACGUCACGGAAGAGGAGAGAGAUGCCAUUGAACGCCUCUGCCGGCUUGGAUUCUCUCGGGACUUGGUCAUUCAAGCUUAUUUCGCUUGCGACAAGAACGAAGAGCUCGCAGCUAACUAUCUGUUUGAAAACCCUGAUGAUCCCGAGGAUAUGUGA